CUAGAAAUAGUAAGGAGAAAAGAAGUAAGACUAGUGAGCAUUAUUUUGAUGAAUUUUGUACCCGCUUUUGGAAAAGACCAAUUACUCAAUUCGAUCAGAUUAGGAAUACAAACUUAUCAAUACAAAGAGAGCGAGAAAGACAUCAGAACUGUACUCCACCUUCUUCAUAUGAAGAGGUUACUACUACAUUAAAUCAACAAAGUUCUUUUAAUAGGCAAAGAA